CGCGGUUUGCUUGGGGAGAAAGAAUUGUAAGGGCUCGGCUUUAUACCUUCGCUGCUCCAAUUAGAACACCAUCUGCAAUCUGGGAUUCAAAUAUCUGCUCCAAUUCUCUCAUCGAUUUCAAGGUUUAGGGUUUUAGAUUUUGUUAUCUGCUAUGGAGCCGGAGCCAAACAAUACUGGUAGCGGUAGUGGAAACCCCAAAGAAGAAGCGACUCUGAAGGUCCCAUCGAAAGAUCCCAAGAAGAAAGAUGAUAAGAAAGAUGAAGAUCUUUCAGAGGAGGAUGUGGCGUUGAAGCAGCAAUUAGAGUUGUACGUUGAGAGAGUUCAGGAUGUCGAUCAGGGGUUACAGAAGGUUGCUCUUGAGAGCAUGAGGCAAGAAAUCCGAACAUCAACGAGCUCCAUGACUUCGGUCCCAAAGCCACUGAAGUUUUUGCGUCCGCAUUAUGGAACACUGAAAUCAUAUUACGACACAAUGCCAGAUUCUGAUUUAAAGAAAUUACUUGCAGAUAUACUUUCAGUUUUGGCUUUGACAAUGUCCGCAGAGGGUGAGCGGGAGAGUUUGAAGUAUCGCUUGUUGGGUUCUGAAGGCGAUAUUGGUUCCUGGGGUCAUGAGUAUGUUAGGAAUUUGGCUGGUGAAAUUGCACAAGAGUAUGCGAAAAGAGUGAAUGAGGAAGCAGCAGUAAAGGAUCUAAUAGAGCUUGUGGAACAGAUUGUUGCUUUUCACAUGAAGCAUAAUGCUGAACCAGAGGCUGUAGAUCUCUUGAUGGAGGUUGAAUUUCUUGAUCUACUAGUGAAGCAUGUUGACAGCACAAAUUAUAAAAGAACUUGUCUGUACCUAACAAGUUCAGCAAGGUAUCUCCCUGGACCAGAUGACAUGUCAGUUUUGGACAUUGCUUACACAAUCUACACAAAAUUUGAAGAAUUUCCAAGUGCCCUUCAGAUUGCACUCUAUCUUCACAACAUGCAGCAUGUGAAGCAGGUAUUCACAUCUUGUCCUGAUCUUUUGCGGAAGAAGCAAUUUUGUUACAUUCUUGCUCGACAAGGACUAAGUUUUGAGCUCGACGAAGAGAUGUGUGCUGAUGAUGAAGACAGGGAGGCCUUGCAAGAGAUCAUCAACAAUACUAAACUAAGUGAAGGCUAUCUAACCCUUGCUCGAGAUAUUGAAGUCAUGGAGCCAAAAUCUCCUGAAGAUAUUUACAAGGCACAUCUACUUGAUGGGCGGGCAAGUGCUGGUGCCAGUGUUGAUUCAGCAAGGCAAAAUUUGGCAGCCACAUUUGUGAACGCAUUUGUGAAUGCUGGCUUCGGUCAGGAUAAAUUAAUGACAGUUCCUUCAGAGGCUUCAAGUGGAGGUUCUUCUGGAAAUUGGCUUUUUAAGAACAAAGAACAUGGGAAAGCCAGUGCUGCUGCAAGUCUGGGGAUGAUCCAUAUUUGGGAUGUUGAUGCUGGCCUUGCUCAAAUUGACAAGUACUUCCAUAGCAAUGAUAAUCACGUCAUAGCUGGUGCACUCUUAGGAGUUGGGGUUGUAAACUGCGGUAUCAAGAAUGACUGUGAUCCUGCCUUGGCACUUCUUGCUGAUUAUCUAGAUAAAGAAGACUCUUCUAUUAGAAUUGGGGCCAUAACUGGUCUGGGUCUUGCGUAUGCCGGCACUCAGAAUGAGCAGAUUCGUGACAAACUGACUCCCAUUCUUGGAGACCCAAAGGCACCAUUAGAUGUCAUCGCCUUCACGGCAAUUGCAUUGGGUUUGGUGUAUGUUGGUUCUUGUAACGAAGAUGUUGCACAAGCAAUUAUUUUUGCACUAAUGGACAGAAGUGAGUCAGAUUUGGGGGAGCCCCUCACCCGACUGCUACCUCUUGGCUUAGGUCUUCUUUAUCUUGGGAAGCAGGAUAGUGUGGAGGCUACUGCUGAGGUAUCAAAGACAUUCAAUGAAAAGAUUAGAAAGUAUUGCGAUAUGACCCUACUAUCUUGUGCCUAUGCUGGCACAGGAAAUGUGUUGAAGGUUCAACACUUUCUUGGUCAGUGUGCCCAACACCUUGAGAAGGGUGAAACUUUUCAGGGUCCAGCUGUGUUGGGUAUAGCCAUGGUAGCGAUGGCUGAGGAACUAGGUCUUGAUAUGGCAAUCCGUUCGUUAGAGCAUCUUUUACAGUAUGGGGAGCAGAAUAUCAGAAAGGCAGUUCCAUUGGCUCUUGGUCUUCUCUGCAUAUCAAACCCGAAGGUCCAUGUUAUGGAUACAUUAAGUAGACUUAGUCAUGAUGCUGAUACAGAAGUGGCAAUGGCAGCAGUCAUCUCUUUGGGAUUGAUAGGUGCCGGAACCAAUAAUGCUAGAAUUGCUGGCAUGCUUCGGAAUCUUUCAAGUUAUUACUACAAAGAAGCCAGCCUUCUUUUCUGUGUGCGGAUUGCCCAAGGUUUUGUACAUAUGGGAAAGGGUUUGUUGACCCUUGCUCCCUACCACUCAGAACGAUUCUUGCUAUCCCCGACGGCGUUGGCUGGACUCGUGGUAUUACUGCAUGCAUGUCUUGAUAUGAAAGCUAUCAUCUUGGGGAAAUAUCACUAUGUUCUCUACUUUGUAGUUUUGGCUAUGCAGCCUAGAAUGCUGCUGACUGUGGAUGAAAAUCUGAAACCUUUGUCGGUAGCAGUUCGGGUAGGGCAAGCGGUUGAUGUUGUGGGGCAGGCAGGUCGGCCCAAGACCAUCACGGGGUUCCAGACCCAUUCGACCCCUGUGCUGUUGGCUGCUGGGGAUAGGGCUGAACUUGCAACAGAGAAGUAUAUUCCUCUUUCGCCUAUCCUCGAAGGAUUUGUAAUUUUGAAAGAGAACCCUGAUUACAGGGAAGAAGCCUAGGUGAAAAAAACAUGGGAAUCCUGAUGUUUUUAUGGUGCUCGCAAGGCAUGAAUUUUCGACAUGUAGCUUGUUGAUUGCUUCUGUUUUUAAUGUUAAAAUAGCUUCACUUUUUGUUCGUCAACUUGUAUGCAUUCUCUUUAAAUUCAAUUCAACUAAUGCUAUCGGUAGAUGAUUUAUUUCUAA